GUUCGUCGACGUCUUGCUACCGUACUGAAUAGUCGAUUGUAGCACCGCGACUUUUGACGUAAAAAUAUUUGUAAAAGCGUGCGCUAUUCAAAACUUUGAAAAAGUUUAGUUUCAAUAUUUGUAUAAAGUUCAAUGAAUAAUAUUAUUGAUAUAUUGUGAGGUUCAAUUCAUUGUUCAAAGGUGUUUGAGAAAUGAGCCCAACAUCUAUGGAUCAACAAUAUAUACAUGCACGUUCAAAAUAAUUAAUCACGUGUUACCAAUCAAGUAAGAAUUUAACAUGGAGUUUAAUGAUCCAAACUCAACUUUUUCUACUGCCAGCAUCAAUGAAACGUUCGAUAAUCUAACCUAUUGGUACACGGAUGAAGAUUAUGAUUAUAUAACGUACGUCAAAAUCGCUCAAAUAUGCAUCUCCUUCCUCCUUGUUUGUUGUUUAUUGGCCAUGUGCGUCAACUGUUUGGUCAUUCUUAGCGUAUUUUGGGUAAGGACCCCUUUAACGCCAAACUUAAAAAUCAGUUUGAGUUUGGCGGUUGCAGAUGCAUUAAGCUCUAGUAUGACUGGCUUCUUACUGCUUAUUGACAAACUUGGAUUGAGAACAUUCUUCACUUGUGUGGCGGAAUUACUACGCUUAAGCGGUAUCGUUAUAACAGUUCUGCAUCUACUGGCCUUGAGCUUUAAUCACUACAUUGGUAUAAUGAAACCUCUUCAUUACAACGUGAUUGUUACCAAAAGAAAAGUUACAAUUGUUAUAGCUACAUUAUGGGUAUGUCCUGUAUUAGUUCUAAUCGCAUUAUCAACCUUGGAAAAUAGUGAAAAGCUCAUAAACGGCAUCCAUUACAAUACUUGUAAUUUUCAAAUAUUCUCGACAUUCGCUUUUAGAUUGAGCUACAGUUUUUUCUAUUUUUUCCCCAUAAUAUUAAUGGUUUCUUGUUAUACUCAUAUCUUAAUAACCGUAAGGAAACAACAGAAUAAAUGGAAGAACGUGUCUAGAUCUGGGAGUUCGAAGUCGAAAGGACGAAGUGUACAAGCGAAUAAUCCAAGUCAGAAGGUAAUAAGAGAACAAGCUAGACUGCAAGGAAAUAUCAAAGCUGUGUAUACAACUCUUUUCAUCUUAGGAUCUUGCUUUAUUGGUUGGAUGCCCGCUCUACUAUUUUACAUACUAUCUUGUGAUGAUUGUCCAAUAAGUGGAAAAACUCUUGAAAAAGUCAACCGAGAUUAUAAAUAUGAAGUGAUGAUUGUUCGUUUAAUAGAAAAUACACUCAUUAUUAUGAAGAUGUUUGCCAAUCCUAUCAUAUACACCAUAAGGAUGAAGGAAAUCAAAGACAGCACAAAUCGAAUGUACCUUGCCAUUACAGGAAUAUUUUGUCCAAGUCGAAGGAACAACAACACUUAUGGAUUAGCAUAUCAGCCGUCUCGAAAACAACAUAGUGCAAUCAUAUCACAAACGCGUAUCAACUCGUUUAGAACGUCGACCGAAACUCAAGUUAUUUGACAAGACUUUAAUAUGAGAAACACGCCGUUGUAAAUUGUAUGCUCUCACUCUAUUAUGUGUGUUGUAUACGUUAAAGAAAUCAAUGUUUGAAGAAAAACCGUUUGUUUGGUGUAUUCAUUAGGACCGAAGUACUGAAAACGGUACUCAAGAUUCAAGUACUCUUAAUUGAGGUACAAUGUAUUCUAUACAAAAUGCAAGUGCGGUUAUCCUAAAAAUGUUGGCUCAAUUCAUCAAUGUUAUAAACCAUUUCAAAUGGAAAAAACUAAUGACAUGUUUGCUGGACUGUCUUUCUAUUUAUAAUAUAUUUAAAGUGAAUGUACAAAAAGAUAUUAUGUAACGAUGCAAAAUAAAUAUGAAGAUG